UUGCUUCUUGUGCUUCAUGUAAAUAAUGAACACAAUGGUGAUUUUGAUAUGUGUGAAGCAGGGUGUACCUGACCUAUCUGAGUUUGGAGAUGUAUACCAGCUAGGAUAUGGAUUGGGAGAGGAUAAGCCUCCAACCAGUGCUCUGGUGAAGAAAGAAUUUCAACGCAAAAUCAUCUAUCAUUUAAGUCCACAUGAGGAUUCAACCUUAGCUUGUAUGCUGUUGAGGCCAGGACCUAUUAAAGCAUUGACAAGUGCUAGGUUUGUGGAGGAUGGUGAAGUGGAGAAGGUGCCAAGGAUGUACAUAAAGACAAGUCAAGACCAUGUGAUGAAGGCAGAGCAACAAGAAGCCAUGAUAAAGAGGUGGCCACCAUUGAGUGUGUAUGAACUAGACAGUGAUCAUAGUCCUUUCUUCUCUACCCCGUUUCUCCUCUUUGGGUUACUUGUAAAAGCUGCAACUCUUCACUUUGGAUGCAGCUUUACUAACCCUCCUUCAUAAGUUUUCUCUUCAAACCAUGGCUUGUGAAAGAUCACAAUUUGAGAGUAUUUGCUAAAUAUGGAAAGAUGGAAAGAUGGAGUUUAAUAAAGCAAUGAUUAAUAAUAAGAAAGUAAUGACAAUAUUAAU